AUGGACAAAAGCUGGAUGAACUUGCCUAAUAGACUUCGAUCGCCUGCAUAUGCCGAGGGGGUUAACACUUUCCUCAACCUAGCACGAAACCAUUCUCGAGGAAGUGAUCGCAUUCGAUGUCCAUGUCGUGCAUGCUGUAAUACUCUCUUCUUGCCUAUAUUUGAUGUGGAGACUCACUUGUUCAUGAAAGGGAUCAACCCAAAUUAUACCCAGUGGAUCUUUCAUGGGGAGGAGGAAACACAAAGUUUCAAUGAUGACGACGACGAUAGUGUUGCUGAUUCUUCCAAUGAAUACAUUGAUGACAUGGAUCAUAUGUUAGAUGACAUUCGGGCAGGCACAUUUGUGGACCACGCCCAAGAUCAUAAUAAUCCAUUGCCAACUGCUGCGUCAAUACCAGAUCCCUUCCCAAGUUCAUCUUUUGAGCAGCUACUAGAGGAUGCCCGACGUCCACUUUUUCCUGGCUGUACAAAAUUCUCAAAACUGUCAUUCAUUGUGAAGUUGUUACACAUUAAGACACUUGGUGGGUGGUCAAUAAAGUCGUUUGAUAUGCUACUUAAUUUGUUGCGGACUGCCUUUCCUGAUGCUGAAUUGCCACAUUCAUAUGAGGAGUCAAGGUGGGUGCCUAAUACACACAAGGCUCGUCCUAUCCCUCAAAAAGUGUUGAGGCAUUUUCCUUUGAAGCCAAGAUUGCAACGUCUUUUCAUGACUGCAAAUAUAGCACGUGAUAUGAGGUGGCAUAAAGAGCAACGGCCAACCGAUGAUGGGGAAAGUAUGAGACAUCCUGCAGACGCAGAGUCCUGGAAGAGAUUUGAUGAAGAUUAUAGUUGGUUCGCACAGGAUGCUCGCAACGUUCGGCUUGGUCUCGCAAGUGACGGUUUCAAUCCUUUCAACAAUAUGGCUAAACCGUAUAGCAUUUGGCCGGUAAUCCUGGUACCGUAUAACUUGCCGCCGUGGUUGUGCAUGAAGGACCAAUUCUUCAUGACAUCCCUCAUUAUUCCUGGACCAAAAUCUGCAGGUAAUGACAUUGAUGUUUACUUGCAACCGUUAGUCGACGAACUGCUUGAAUUUUGGGAACAAGGGGUACCUACGUAUGAUGCCUCCACCAAGGAAACCUUCAUGUUGCACGCUGCUUUAAUGUGGACAAUCAAUGACUUUCCAGCCUAUGGAAUUCUUUCUGGUUGGUCAACAAAAGGAAGAUUGGCUUGUCCUGCUUGUAAUGAGGGCACAGACGCCAAUUGGUUGAAGUAUGGCAGAAAACAUUGUUAUAUGGGACAUCGUCGUUUCUUGCCGCCCGAUCACAUGUGGCGAAAGAGAAAAAAUGACUUCAAUGGUAAAGAAGAUCAUCGCAUGCCACCAAGGGUUUUAGAAGGAUCAGAUAUUGAAGCUCAACUGUUGAUGCUUGGGGAUGUGCAAUUCGGUAAAUCUCAUCGAAAGAGAAAACGAACUGUUGAGGAGUUGAACUGGACAAAAUAUAGCAUAUUCUUCAGGCUACCGUAUUGGGUAACCCUACGUCUUCGACAUAAUCUAGAUGUCAUGCAUAUUGAAAAGAAUAUAUUCGAUAACAUAUUGAGCACUUUAAUGAACAUUCCUGGUAAAACUAAAGAUAAUAUCAAUUCUCGACGUGACCUGGAGAUUUUUGGAUUCAGAAAAGAAUUACAUUUGAAGUAUGACGGUGAACGUGUUACAAUGCCACACUCAAUGUAUACAUUACACGGUGAGGAAAGGAAGAAGUUUUGUGAAUGGCUGGCCGAUGUGAAAUUUCCAGAUGGAUUCGCUUCGAACAUCUCGCAUUGUGUUUCUGUACGAGAUUGCCGAAUCUCAGGGUUGAAAAGCCAUGACUGCCAUGUUUUCAUGCAAAGACUACUUCCUAUUGCUGUUGGGGGGUUUUUACGACCUGAUAUUGGAUUGGCCUUGACUGAACUGUGCACUUUCUUCAAGGGGUUGUGUGCCCGAACCCUGGAUGUUAACCAAAUAUCACAGUUUCAAACUGAUAUUGCCACAAUUCUAUGCAAAUUAGAGAUGAUAUUUCCCCCAUCUUUUUUCGAUGUCAUGGUCCACCUAGCUGUGCAUUUACCCCGUGAGGCCAUACUUGAUGUUGAGACGAAAUUUACUCGAGUUGAUCGCAACAUUGAUGGUGAAGCUGAGAGUAUAGAUGGAUUCAAAAUUUUCAACCAGAAAGUUCGUCCGAUUGGUACCGCUUCCAACAGGCAAUUAUCAGAUAAACUCCUAACUGAAGCAACCUGGUACGUCCUCAACAACUGCGCUGAGAUUGGACCUUACCUAGAGGAGCAUUACGAGAAAUGUAGGGUGCACAACCCAAAUUCUAUCGAUCGAACACAUCAUACUGAAUUUCCAACUUGGUUGAAGAAACGUGUUCAAGACCAGCGUAUCACCAACCCACUUGAUGUGGUCGAUGAUCUAUAUGCAUUAGUUUGUGGUCCUGAACGGUGGGUUGCAUCCUAUACUGCGUGCAUAAUAAAUGGCAAAAGGUUCCAUACUAAACAACGUGAACUUCGGCGCCGUACACAGAACAGCGGGGUGUUGGUAACUGGGGAUGAAAAUACUAAUAAUGUAGACUUCUACGGUGUUAUUAAUGAGAUCGUGGAGUUACACUACAUGGGUUGGCGUCGGGUGUACUUAUUUAUGUGUGAUUGGUUUGACGUUGGUGAUCCAAGACGAGGGGUACGAGUUGAUAACCAUAUGACCAGUAUCAACAUGGAUAGGAUUUGGUAUAAGGAUGAACCAUUUGUGUUGGCAUGCCAGGCUUCCCAGUGUUUUUACAUCAAAGAUAUAAGGGCUAAAGGGAGAUGGUUUGUGGUGCAGAAGUACACAAACAGGAAUGUAUAUGACAUUCCGUCGGUGCCAAGAGUGUUAGAAGACCUUGAUGGCUCAACAAGUGAUGAUGAUGCAUAUCAAGAAACUGAGGAGUCAUAUGAUUAUGCACCACUGCAGUGCGAUGCAUGUCCAGUGACAACUCCACUUAAUAGGGAUGAUUUAGAACCUAUCUUGAUUGAGGCACAAGAUGUGACAAGUUCGGUUGGUCAGAAGGUGGGUUCGGAAGACUUUAUUGACGAUGAUAUGAUUGAUUCUGGUUCGGGAGAUGCUUCUGGUGAUGGGGAAUAUUCAGAUGAGGAGGACUUUUCCACAGACGACGAGUCUCUAUCAGCAUAG